AUGCGUCUGAAUAUUUACUGGAAUAGUCUGAUAAUUUUGUCACUGUGUGUAGGGCUCAUAUUGGGGUGCAAGAUCCUGCCAUGGCUUUACAAACGUGGACCGGUUGGGAAAGACGCCACGGAUGAGCGAGGAAAAGAAGCAAAGCAAUUUCUCUGGGGAUUUCUCUCCGUCUAUCUGAUGGUCAUGGGAUCUGAAUGGCUGCAAGGACCCUACUUGUGGGCGCUGCUUCACGAUGAGAAGCAUUUGUCUUCCGAAACCGUAGCGAUCCUCUACGCUACUGGUUACUGUGCCGCAGCAAUAUCGGCACCAUUCACAGGAUAUCUCGCCGAUAAAUGUGGAAGGCGCGGAGCUUGCAUCACGUUCUGCGUUAUACACUCGGCGUCAUCAUUCUCUGUCUCCUUCGAUCGAAUCGAGAUCCUCGCAAUAGGCCGGGUGCUUGGGGGCGUUGGGAUUACAUUGCUCUGGACAGUCUUUGAGAGUUGGAUGAUUAGUGAACAUAGGCGACAGAAUCUUGAAGACAGUCCGAUACCAUUGAGCUCAAUGUUUGGUAUCAUGACGAUCGCCAAUUGCAUCACCGCCAUGUGUGCCGGGCUACUCUCACAUUGCAUCGUGUGGGCGCUCGGCUCGAAGACGCAUCCUUUCAUGCUCGGAAUACUUCUAGACACCCUCGCAGCGGUCCUCAUGAUGAGGUCGUGGAACGAAAAUCGUGGGAUUCAGGCCAAGCUUGACGCAGAAGCUGGACUUGGCAGCCGAGAGCCUAGUAGGUCAUGGCGCCAGGAGGUUGCAGACUCGCUCCGCGACUGGAAAGUUCUGACCCUCAGCCUUAUUUCGUGCUGUUUCGAAGGCACGAUCUUUUUGUUCAGAUUCUACUGGCCCGGUACAUUGCAGAAAGCUCAUAACCAUUCUCACGGUGUCGGCAAAGACGACGACAUCAUACCGCAUGGAGUCAUCUUUGCCAACCUCAUGGCGACAAUGGUGCUUGGCGCACUCCUUUUUGGGACCAUUCUGGAGAGAUCAGCCACUUUACUGAACUCUGGACUCUCGACGUUUUUGCUGUCUGCAGCAUUAUUCUUUGCAGGCGCCAGCUUCCUCACGGCCGCAUAUGCUCAAACAGAAGCCCAACUUUUCUGCUCCUUCUUGUUGCUCGAAGCUUGUAAUGGCCUAUAUAUACCGAGCAUGGCCUUCCAACGUGGUCAGAUCGUGAGUGAUAGUGGACGGGCAAGUGUAUAUGGGCUCAUGAAUAUCCCCCUCUUCCUGUUUGUGAUUCUUGCGCUCUUGUCGACAAAUGGAGAUGGAGAAGAGUAUCAGAACGUUAUAUUCAUAGUCUGCGCCGCACCAUUGAUGCUGGCCGCUGUCUUGAGCUGCGUCAGCUUCCUGGAUAUUCCGCCGCGCAACGGAUUCUCCGAGGUUUCCUCGUCCGAGAUUGCAGAGUCAGAAUGUGCAAGAAACAAGGAUGAAAGCGAUUUGCAAUACUAA